UGGGGAGAGGUGGGAGAGAGUCCGGCGAAGCGGUGUUGUUCGUUUCGCAGGCAGUGGAAGGUCGGGUUUCGACGAGGGAGAUUAGGCAGUGUGAGUGCGGAGGGAGUACGUUCGGUGAGGGGGGGGGAGAGGUAGUAGUGGUGAGUUCGUUUGAUUGGGAGAGGGGCCAGAGUGGAGGAGAGUGUGCGAUGUGGUGGGAAUCAGGGUUUGGACGGGACGGGCGAUUAAGUGUGUAGCAGCAUAGGGCGGGACCUGGGAGUUCGGCAUCAUCGAAUUGUAUCCGUGGAGGGCGAAGCGGUGUAACGAAGUACAGGUGUAUGGGCCGGAGGGUCUUGCCGGCCUCGGAAAGGACGCCGCUGAGGGUGGUGCGAGAAGGGUAGGGGAGUUUUAAGAGAGUUGGAGGAGCUCCGGCUCUGCUGUUGUCUCAACAUGUCGAAGAACAAAGGCAAAGAGGCUGAGUUGAUCGACAUUGGCAAGAAACUGGGGAAGUCACAGUCGAAGGAUGCCCUGGUCAAGCUGCUGGUGCAAGCAUCUACUUUGCUUGUAGAGUUAGAUCAAUCACCUCCACAAAGCACUCACAAUGCCAUGAAAGGGUGCUCUGAAGCUUUAGUGUCCCCAUCUUUGUUGAGACACAAAGACAAGGAAGUUGGGCUGCUUGUUGCCAUAUGCAUUAGUGAAAUUAUGAGGAUUGUGGCUCCUGAUGCCCCCUAUAGUGAUGAGACCCUGAAGGAGAUAUUCAAGCUAAUUGUCUCCAAUUUCAAAGGACUUGAUGAUGUUAAUAGUGCUUCUUUUGGAAGGAGAGUUAGUAUUUUGGAGACAGUUGCCAAGGUCAGGUCAUGUGUCGUCAUGCUGGAUUUGGAAUGCGAUGAUCUCAUCUUGGACAUGUUUGAGAUUUUCUUUGAUACGGCAAGUGAUGAGCAACCUCAUAAUGUUUUAGUGGCGAUGAGAAAUGUUUUGACUCUUGUUUUGGAGGAGAGUGAGAAGAUUCCAGCUGAAAUGGUGGAGGUCAUUCUUAAGAAUUUGUUGAAGCCCAAGAAGGAGGGAUCAGCCGCUCGCAAGUUGGCAAUAGCUGUUGUGGAGAAAUGUGCUGAUAAAUUAGAACCUUAUGUGCGAAGCUUUUUGACUUCCGUAAUGGUGGAGGGGAAGAGUCUAGAUAGUGGUCUUCACAAGGAUCACCAUGAAAUCAUAUACGAGCUUUAUGGAUGUGCUCCUCAGUUGCUCGCGGGCGUUAUCCCUCUUAUUAAUGACCAGCUUGUGAAGGACAAGGUAAAUGUGCGUUUAAAGGCAGUUGACCUUUUAGGGCGGCUAUCUUCUCUUCCCGGCCGACAAUUCGCACAAGAAUACCCACAUGUGUUUGCAGAAUUUCUGAAGCGGUUCAGCGAUAAGGUAGUUGAAGUGCGAGUAGCAGUGGUAAAUUGUGCCAAAGUUUGUAUAGAGGCAAAUCCUACAAGCGAGCAAGCCAAUGAGAUUAUGGCUGCACUGCAAGACCGACUUCUGGAUUAUGAUGAGAAAGUACGGGUCGCUGUGGUUAAGGCCAUCUAUGACCAGGCUAAAACUGACUUUAAGUCGGUUCCAACUGACGUUUUGCGUAAAGUCUCUGAGCGGCUUCGAGAUAAAAAGGUUGUGGUUCGAAAGGCUACCUUGGUGAAGUUGAUGGAGUUGUAUAAAUCGUAUUGCACCAAGUGCUUGGAAGGUUCCACUGCUCUCGAUAAAGAUUAUGAAUGGAUUCCUGGCAAAAUUCUUCGAUGCUGCAAUGACAAGGAACUUCAGGGCUUGGAGACGAUACUCACAGAGCAGCUCUUUCCGGCUGCAGUUCCUGUGGAGGAGCAGUCAAGACAUUGGGUUCUUGCGUUCUCUACGCUUGAUGACAUUGAGAAAAAGGCACUACAGCUUAUACUUGUCCAGAAACAAAGGGUGCAGCAAGAGAUGCAGAUUUAUCUGACCACACGUCACAAAGCAAAGGAGGAAGAAAUUUCAGACCUUGAGAAGAAAUUGCAGAGUAUCUUCAAAGUUAUUGCUAAUCAUUGUGUCGACUCUUCCAAGGCCGAGGAAAAUCUACAAAAGUUGCAUCAGAUGAAGGAUGAGAGUAUAUUUAGUGCACUGUCCACGUUACUCGAUUCGAGUACGGCAGUUGCAGAGGCCACAACAGUUCGGGAUGCUUUAUUGAAGAAAUUAGGGGAGGAGCACGUGCUGUAUGAUUUUAUGAAGAGUCUUGCCACGAAGUGUGGUUAUUUUUUCUUUAGCAGGGAACAUGUCCAUGCAAUUAUCAAAGAGAUUUCUGUUUGUAAUGAUUCUGAGAACGAGAAAGACCUUGUUCCUACUAGUCUUUCGUUGCUUGUGGAAAUUGCUGUAUAUUGCCCAGAGUUGAUGGCAGAUGCCGAGGAGCACUUAUUGACAUUGUUGAAAGACCUUAAUGAGUCUGUUAAAGAGGGUGCAGUACUGAUUAUGGCCAAAGCUGGUGCCUCCUUCCGCAAUAAAGGUUCCAGAGCUGAUGAUAGAGGCAACGUCAACCUUGUACUGGAGCAGCUUUGUCUCGAAGGCACCCGCAAACAAGCUAAAUAUGCUGUCUCUGCAAUUGCAGCCAUGACUGCUGACUCGGGACUGAAGGCAUUGUCUGUGUUGUACGGUAGACUGGUGGAUAAGUUAGAGGACAAUACGCAUCUUCCUACAAUUUUGCAAUCAUUGGGCUGUAUAGCUCAAAAUGCAAUGCCUAUUUUCGAAACGAGAGAAGAUGACAUCAUCAAGUUUGUUGUUCGGAAUGUUCUUAGGCGCCCAGCUCCACAGGAUGUUGCUGAAUCUACUUCUGAUCCUGAUACUCCUAGUGACCAUGUGCUUUUGAAGAUCUAUGCAUUGAAAGCAUUGGUGAAGAGUUUCCUUCCAAAAAUGAAUGCGCAUCAACGAACAAGACUUCCAGGUCUCCUCAAAGUACUUGUUAAGAUUCUUGCCUGUGGAGAAAUAUCAGAUGAUAUGAAAACAAGUGACGCGGACAAAGCUCAUCUGCGCUUGGCAGCUUCGAAAGGUGUAUUGCGAUUGGCACGACGUUGGGACAGUCAAAUUCCCAUAGACGUUUUUCAUAUGGUGGUCAUGACCGUACAGGAUCAAGCAGCGCAUGUUCGGCGUGCAUUAUUAAGGAAAAUCCACCAUUAUCUGAGAGAUCGGACGUUGAAUCUGAAGUAUGCUAGCGCAUAUGCUCUUUGUGCAGUGGACACCGAGAAAGAUAUUGCCCUAGAAGCCCGGCGCUUUAUGGCCGACUUUGUAGACGACUAUCGUAAAGAGGCUUACAAAACAGUGAUUGGGCAAGCUGAGAGGACAACCAUAACGUUGCAUCCAGAAUAUGCUCUUGUGUACCUCGUACAUGUCUUGGCUCACCAUCCCAAUUAUCCAGUAGUUUCUGGAGGUUUUCAGCCAGAGCCAUCAGCUUAUGAACCAUUCUACAGAGAGUUGUCGUUUUACCUACGCGCACUCAUCCAUCAAGAAGCUGACGGAAAGAAUGAGUCUGGAAAGGAAGACAAUCUACCUCUAAUCCUAGCAAUCCUACGCACUAUCAAAGGAUGCGAAAACGCCGUUGACCAAACAAAGACCGAGACUUUGUAUGCAAUAUGCGAUAUUGCUAUAUUGGUUGCUAAGGACUUAGCUCAACAGAAGAAGAAGCUUGUGGAGACGUACCCAGGUGUUAUUCCUCUGCCAGCUUCUAUAUACAAGGUGCCUGAACCUAAGGUACGUGUGAAGAAGGUAGCGGUAUCAAUAGCUGCCGCAGUGAAGGCUGCCGAUCCUAAGACGGCUGAAAUGAAGACUCUCGAAUCUAAGGUUGUUGAACCGAACGGACCCGUGGCGGCUGAACCGAAUGAGUGUAAGGCAGCUAAAUCUAGUGCUUCUGAAGUUAAGGUGGCUGAAGCAAAUGAAUCUAAGACUACUGAGACAGAUGAACCCAUGACUGAAGCGAACGAAAAUAUGGCUCCUGCGACAGAUGAACCCAUGGCUGAAGCGAAUGAAAAUGAGGCAGUUGUAUGCGAGAAAUCUAAGCCUCUUGAUGCUGACGAGUCCAUGGUACCUGAAUCGAACCAAUCUGCAUCUAAAGGCCCUGUAUCAGGUGAAGCUACUCCGCCAGUUGGAGAUGAAAAAACUGGAGGUUCGGACGAGGACGAACCAGAAGAGGAACCUCCAAAGGUGGAUGGUAGUCAUCUGCCACCUUGCUUCACAGACAAAGAUGUCUUAGCAAAAUUAAAGAUUGGAAUCUCCUCGAAAGGCGGUCAGCCUGCCAGCCCUAGGGGUCGCAAGCGAGGGAAACGGGUUGACAACGGAGAAACUAUUUCGGAUACAGAAGGAGAGUUCGAGCACAGUGCGCCCACGCCGAAGAAGGGAAAACUCGAAAAUGAUAAAUCAUCUAAAGGUGGAAACUCGGGAGCAGGGGUUAUAAUUAAGGGAACCUCACGUACUGGUAGAAAGUCAGUGGACAAAACUGAGUCUGCAAAGAAAGUAGGAAAGAAGCCAGAAUUGGGAAAGGAACCAGAAGAAGACCUUGAUGAAAAUACUCCUGCGAAACGAAAACGUGGUCGUCCGAAGGGUUCUGGUAAGAAAGAUGAUGGAAUUAGUGGGGAUGAAAUUGCAGGACCUUCAUCAGACAGUACUCCUACUACGUCAGUCAAGAAGGGAAAGUCAGCCACUCUCUUACCAGACUCCGGCAAAAGAAAACCUGGGCGUCCAGCCAAAAACAAGUCUGAGGAUGACUUACAGGAGAAAACCUCACAGAAGAAAGAAAAGGUGGUGGCUGCCGCAACUCCUGAUAAAUUUGCGAAAAAAGCAAGUGCUGUUGAAAAGGAUGCAAGCCCAGCUUGGAGGAAUGAAGACGAGAGAGGUGGAGACGAAUCUCUUGUGGGUUGUGGUAUUAAAGUUUGGUGGCCGUUGGAUAAGAAAUUCUACAAAGGGAAGAUUGUGGAUUAUGAUGCUAAGAAGAAGAAGCAUAAGAUCUUAUAUGACGACGGGGAGAAAGAAGUUCUUAAUUUGGCUAAGGAACGGUGGGAGCUAACUGAUAAACAGGGCAAGUCAUCUGCAAAGAAAGAGAAGACGCCAACCGCAACCCCUCCAGCAGUGCUCUCCGGGACAAAAUACCCGGAGCCGAAAAGACUGAAGGUGACUACGAAGACACCAACGUCAAAGGAUGAGUCAGCAAAAGCAUCUGGCACCUCAAAAGGUGGUGAAUCGGUCAAAUCAGCAAAGGCAGUGAAGGAUAGAGACUCGAACAAAACUCCUAAAACUGCUGAGGAAAAGGAAUCGGAGAAAUCUCCAAAUGUUGUCAAAUCUGCUGAAGCUAAUGAACAGGUAGCAAGUGCAUUUGAGUUCGAUGAUGAAGGGGUUGAACCUGAAGCCAAGAAGCGGAAAACUGCAACAUCGAAAGCUUUGGAUGGGAAUCAAAGUAAAGCUGAGAAAGCAAUGAGUACAUCCAAAGGUUCAGUCUCUGAAAAUGUCAAAGAGACGUCGGAAAACAAACCAGAUGGAGGAAAAGAUGAUGAAACUGCAGAGGAUGACGAGCCCCUGGUAGCUGGCAGGACAAUUGGAGAACUCGGAACGUAUCGAAGUCAAAGCCAGUUAGUGAUUGAUCUGGUCACAGCCAUGGGAACAUCUCACUUUUGGACACAGCAAGCGUGUUUGCGAGCUUUUAGUGUAGAGAUUAUGUGCCUUAGUUUCAGAACUAGCAGGUUUGUACAUUCAACUUUGUAUUGAAACUGGAGGAUUACGAAGGCUUGUCAUUGAGAGGUUGUUGAUCUGAGGGCUUUCCCAACAGAUCAGUCUGUUUAGUAGGUUUAAAUUUGGGGGAGGUGGAAGGAGAUACUAUCCUGCUUACAUUUGUACUCGUAACUUCAGUCCGUAUAGGCAGUGUGACUGUUAUCAGAUCUUAUGCUGCUCCCUCAUGGUUUCACUACCUGUAUUCAGGUUGGGUACUUUGUGGGUUAUAGGCAGAAUCCACUUCCUUUCUAUUUGGGCUAGAACAGCUUAAUCUUUUAGAUGUUUUCACGACACCAGAUAUAGUUAAGAUGCAGCUCCCUCCUUGUAUGCAUCCUGUCUUACAGCCCUUUUUAUGUUUUAUUUAAAAGAGAAAUCUCUGAGUCUGGAUAGGGUCCCCUUCUGUGAGCACCUUUUUGUCUAUCCUGUUGUUUAUUGAUAAGACAUUUUUAUGUCUUUUCUCUUAAUGGGUAAAAUUUAAAAUAACUUCACUAAAA